AUCCUUAAUUCUGUUCUACAUGUACUUGGGUGUUUGUGUUAUGUUUUGACUCCAUUUUACAUGUUUCUACUAUGUUCUGAAUAUGUUUUCAUUGAUUAUGUUGUAAUCUUUAUUAAGUUUUGAAUCUGUUCAGUUCUAAACCUUUCCCCUUACCUAAUUUAUUAUUGUUUCAUAUGUCCAAGGCUAUAUUAAAUGCCGUUGCAGCAGUUCUCCCAAAGGCAGAGCAUAGACACUGUGCGAGGCACAUCUUUGCUCAUUGGCACAAGACUUGGAAAGGUGAUGAGAUGAAGCUUUUAUUCUGGAAAAUUGCCAAGGCUUACAACCUUGCUGACUACAAUGAUGCCUUGGAGGAACUCACACAGUUGAAUGUCGAUGCUGCCACUGCGUUUAAGGGCUACAAACCAGAGGUUUUCUGUAGAGCUUUUCUAGAUACAACAAUGAAGACUGAUGCCAUAACAUCCAACAUAGCUGAAACAUUCAAUGGAUACAUCAUUCAGGCAAGAACCAAACAUCUGAUCUUCAUGUUAGAAGACAUCAGAAACAACUUGAUGCAAAGAUUGGUGGUGAAAAGACAGCAAAUGGAGAAGUCGACAUCAAUCCUUUGUCCAAGAAUACAACAGAAGCUGGAAAAAGAGAAGGCAAAGGCUAGCAACUGUGACGUAAUACCGUCAACGGAUACAUUGUUCAAUGUCAAUUAUUAUCUGGAUCAAUUGGUGGUGGAUUUGGAAGCAAGGACAUGUUCAUGCAGAAAGUGGGACAUGCUUGGCAUUCCAUGUUGUCAUGCCAUUGCGUGUAUCUUUUUCCAAAACAAGGAGGCCGAGGAGUAUGUUGAUAAAUGCUACUGGAGGCAAGAAUACUUAAAUGCAUAUUCAGGUUCAAUUCCACCCAUUGAUGGAGAGAGGUAUUGGCCAAGGAUUGAAUACCACUUGGAUCCUCCUCCCAUCAAAAUAGGGCCAGGCAGACCGAGGAGAAAUAGGAUCAAGGAUCCCUUUGAGAACCCGAAAAAGCCUGGUCACCUAUCGAGGACCGGGAUAGAAAUGACUUGUAGUGUGUGUCAAGUCAAAGGGCAUAAUAAAAGACGAUGUCCUAACAGAGAGAGUGCUGUUGUUGCAGAAGCUUACAGUAGCAGUAGCAGUUAG